AUGGCGGACAGGUUCCCUUCGCUGGAAGACUUCUCGGCUGGUGAUACUGGCCCAACAAGCAACGGAGCAUCAGGUCACGAUGGAGCUACAGCAGGGGAUGACUUUUUAACACGCGAGCGAGCAGCGUUGGGAGAUGAUGCCGCCCAAUUUACGUCUGCCGGUGAUAACGCUGCCACUGUUGAAGAUGGGGACGACGAUUUGCUAGGAGGUGGAGGAAGCUAUGGAGGGGCCCAGGCCGGGAGCGAGGAGAUCACGGCGUUCGAGAGCUCCUUCCCGGCAAUGGAUACUCGGAAUGAGAAUGUUGGACCUGGGGGCACAAUCACCGGCUCAAGCCUUCCUUUCCAACCAGCCCAACCUCAGCCAUCUUACGGAGGGUACGGGGCGCCAGCAGAAGAAGAGACGGAGCCCAUACGCCAAUGGCGAGAACGUCGCGACCUUGCACUUGCCGAGCGAGAAAAGAUUUCGGCGUCUAAGAAAGAGGAUACCGUCAAAGCAGCUCGACAAGCGAUUGAUGACUUCUACGAAAACUACUCCCAAAAGACCGAGAAGACCGUCGCAAAGACACGCAAAGAUGCCGAAGAGUUUCUGGCAAAUCGAGAGGAUACUUCUGCGGGGGGCACGAGCUGGGAGAGAAUUGCUAAGUUGGUGGACUUGAGUGGAAAGGGCACAAAGGGUGGAGCGAGCGGAACAGGCAAAGAAAAGUUCAGGGAGAUGUUGAUUGACUUGAAGAAAGAUGAGAAGGCUCCUGGAGCCACGGGCUACUGA